AUGCUUCUGCCAAGUAGAGCAGGUUGCAAUGGCCCGAGGAUUUGCUCGCGCGUAAGGGGCAGAGGAGGAAGCUCCCAGUUCUGGUACUGCAGCAGAUGCAAAAAAGCCACGUGCCAACCCGAGAAACCACAUGUGCCUCCUUUACUGGCCAUCGACGUCCUGUUCAAGGACAAAUAUCCUCCACUGGCUGUCACAUCUGAUGACAGCCAAGUAUUCCCAUCUCUAUCCCUGGCCUCACCAUUCAUCCACCGAAUCUCGGCCGCCAACAGCCCAAGCAUCUCCACACUCGCGCAUUUCGCUGCCGUGAGCAACAACGAAUCCCCGCCGACGUGCGGGUCCGCUCCAGCGUCCAGCAGCGCCAGGCGGCCGCGGAGAGGCUUGUUCGGCCUAAUAAUAUCAGUCUGUUAUGCGCCGGGGCGGCUGUCUGGUCCAGGGCCAGCCAAGUAUGCCGAUGACGUCUGA